GCAACGCACAAUUUCCAAUGCAAAUAGACGCCAGACGUGCCCGGAUUUUAUCUAAAUUGAAAUAAAUAAACUGCUCUUGGUCUACAAUAAGGUUAAUCCAAAGUCAUACGUGGAUAUGGAGGAACGGAUUUUUACCUUGAGUUUGAUGUGUCUCGUGUUUUCAAAGGCCAUGGCCCUGGAUGUGAACAUUGAGAAGGAUGUGUAUGAAGUUGCCAGAGGCAACAAUAUCACACUGCCGUGCACCUUCAAGCCGAAAGACGAGAAGCCCGGUUUGGUUAUUGUCACUUGGACCGCAGAAGGAGCCAAACCUGGGACUCCCGAGUCCCUGGUCCUCACACACUAUUCAACAAAAAGAACAACUGACAUUGCACCCAAGUAUGAAGGUCGGGCGUCACUAGACCAGGACAUUGCCAAAGGAAAGGCAAACCUGAUAUUGUACUCUAUUACACUAGAAGACAACAAGGUGUUUGAGUGUCGUGUUCAAAUCCCAGGGGAUGAUACGGGCAAGCUGGUGGACACCACGCGUCUGGUGGUGAUGGUGGCUCCUUCCAGUCCUAUUUGUAUGAUCCAGGGGGAUGAGGAGUAUGGGCAGAACAUCAACCUGACCUGUGUAUCUGAGGAAGGCUCUCCACCACCCACCUACAAAUGGGAAAGCCGUGAUGUCAGGAAUAUGCCUCGUGUUGCCUUUGCAGACCCCAGGACCACUGACAAGGACGGUAUUCUGUCCCUUUACAAUAUCUCCAGAGAGACAUCAGGAUACUACACGUGUACGUCGAGAAACAAGAUCCGCUCUGUCACAUGCAGCAUCACCCUCAAAGUUAUGCCACCAUCCAUGAACAUUGGCUUCACUGCAGGGAUCAUUGGAGGGGCUGUAGCAGCUUUGGUCAUUCUCGUUAUCAUCAUAUAUUGUUGCUGUUGCCGAAAGAAGAAUGACAACAAGGAAGAGUACACCAUGGGGGUUCGUGAGCCAGGAGCUUUCCCUGACAAAGAACCUGUGGAAAAAGGAGAAAGGCAGGAUAAUGACAGGCAGGAGGAUGUACGGCAUGAUUAUGACAAUGAGAAGGACCCCGCCGACCGCCGCUACCACCAUGAAGAGCGAUCCGAGCGGGAUGUAGACCGCCGCACCGACUACGAUGACCGCCGCAGCGACUACGAUGACCACCGCAGUGACUAUGAUGACCGCCGCAGUGACUAUGAUGACCGCCGCAGCAACCACUCGGACAGGCGUGACAGGUACACCGACCACAGGGAGCGCUACGACGAUGACCACAACUAUGAUAACGACCGCCGCUAUGACGACCGUAGAGAUCGCCGUCACGAUGACCGCUACGAUGAGCCGUAUGAUGAUCGUGAUAGUGGUAGAGCACCAAGUGUGCCAUCCAAUAAGCCAUCAAGAAUGGACUAUGAUGACUAAAAGCUUCCCUAUUUCAUCGGCAACCCUCUUCCUUCCACUUCCUUCUUUUCAUUUCCCCUUUUUUUUCCUAAGUUGUACUGACUAAGAGCUAUAUUUACAUCCAACAGCAAAAGUAAAAAAAAAUUUCUCGCUUUUCACCCCCAAUUGUACCCAUCCAAUUACCCCACUCUUCCGAGCUGUCCCGAUUUCUGCUCCACCCCCUCAGCCGAUCCAGGAGGGCUGCAGACAACCACAGGCCUCCUCCAAUACAUGUGGAGUCGCCGGCUGCUUCUUUUCACCUGACAGUGAGGAGUUUUUCUAGGGGGACGUAGCGCAUGGGAGGAUCACACCA